CUGACAUCUAUUGAUUGAAAGCAUGAUCGAUAUGUAUGGGCCGCAGGCAGUGUCAUGUCAAUCAAAACUGACGACGCAUCGCUGGCUGGCUGGCUGCAUCAUGUGCACAAGAGAACCAUCUUUCCCUGCAGUCCUGGCUUGACGCUGUCUGUCCUUGAGCUGAUGCGCAGAAGGACGAAUGCCGCCAAGUUGUACACCACAUAUCACGGCCGGCUGUCUCAUAUCCAUUCUCAAGUAGCAUACAGAUACAAGUAAGAGGGCUCAUCACAUCCAUCCAUCCAGAAAGUAUCUAUCGACUGACCGACGCUAAAUAAAAGCAACAGCGUCCUACAUGUCAGUCAGAGCCCAAACCACCCACCCGCACCCACGCAUCGAUCGCAUCCACCUACCCUACCCCACCCGCCCCAUCAUCAUCAUAUCCUUGAGACGGUGUCGAUGAUUUGCGGUUCUUCUUCCUCUUCCUCCUCCUCUUCCUCUUCUUCUUCCUCCUCCUAUCACACACACACACACAAAACAUGCGGAUUUCUAUCCAGCUGUCUGUCUGUCGCCUCGCUCAUCCCUCGUGUCCGUCCGCUGAGCUCACCUCUGCCUCCUCCCCCUCGGGCAGCAGCUGGAACUCAAAGUCGUUGAUGAACCUGGCGUACUCGGCCACCCCUUCGAGCUCAGCCAGCGUGUCCUCGAGGCUCAUGGCCUUGAACUCCGCCAGCGGCUGGUCGGAAAUCGACUUGGCCAUGUCCUCGAAGUUCUCCAUCCGCUUGUUGAGCUCGGGCAGCUGCUCGAGCACCGGGCUCUUCUCCACCUCUCGGUCGUCGGCCUCCUGCGCCCUGAACCAAAUCUCCUUGUUGAGCACGUGGAACGGCGUGAUGAUGGCGAUGCACAAGGGCAGGAACUUGGCUGUGUCGUACUGCGCCUCAGCCAGCGGCUUGACCAGGUCGUCCAGAGGGCCGGGGAGGGUGUACCGCACCUCGGGGAAGAAGGCACCCGAUGCAUGGGCCAUCUCGGGCAUCAGCAAAGGGACAGCCGCGACAGACGCCGCCAGCAGGACCUUCUGCAGGUUGGUCAGGCCAGUGGCCGGCUGUGCCGCCAUCUUGACUGUUGAUCUGUGCCUGGAUCUGAGGGCAUUGGGAGCUCGGAGGGAGGGGGGAGUGAAGGCAGCGAUAGAUGCCAGCUCGCUAAGGGCCAGAAGGGCCACUAAGCAGAUGGCUGCUGCUCUUACGUCCUUCAUUUGCAGACAACGACCGCAGAUCUCUGCG